AUGUUGAGCCCACUACUCCCCCUAUUGGUCGUCUGGAUGUACCUCCUGGUCUCCAACCACGCCCUCCCCGUAUACAACAACGGCUUCUUCUACCAUGACGUCAUGAACGGCGAUGGCAACGGAGAGAUCUACAUUAAGAGGGUGCGUCUCCACGUGGAGUCCCCCCAGCACUCUGUGUCGGCAGCCAGGGGCAGUAACAUCACCCUGCCCUGUCACUACCGCUACGAGCCCGAGAUCAACAGCCCCCGCCGUACCCGGGUCAAAUGGUCUUGGCGACCCGCCAACGGCGCGGGUAAGACCGCCCACGAAACAGACGUGAUUGUCGCCAUGGGCAACCGUCACCGUAGCUACGGCAGCUUCCAGGGGCGUGUGCGCCUGCAUCGGGCGGCACCGGGGGACAUGUCUUUGGUGAUCAACGAGCUGCACCAGAACGACACGGGCCGCUACCGCUGUGAGAUCAUCGAUGGGCUAGAAGACGAGAGCGUCACGGUGGAGCUGGAGCUGCGAGGAGUGGUAUUUCCCUACCAUUCCAAGAUGGGACGCUACCAUUUCAACUUCCUGGGGGCCCAGCGUGCGUGUGAGGAGCAGGACUCAACCCUAGCCACCUUUGAGCAGCUCUUCGCCGCCUGGGAGGAGGGGCUAGACUGGUGCAACGCUGGCUGGUUAGCUGACGGGACGGCUCAGUACCCAAUCACCACGCCGCGGGAGGCCUGUGGGGGUGUGGACUUAGCCUCCGGUCUCCGUAGUUAUGGACAACGCCACCGCCACCUCCACCGCUUUGACGCCUUCUGUUUCUCAGCCGCCCCCAAGGGGACAGUUUACUUCCUGAAAGAUCCCCAUAAGCUCAACUUCACCGAAGCGGUGGCGGCGUGCACCACAGACGGCGGUCUCAUCGCAAAGGUGGGCCAGCUCUAUGCCGCCUGGCGGUUCAUGGGAUUGGACCGCUGCGACGCAGGCUGGUUGGCUGAUGGGAGCAUCCGUUACCCCAUUGCAAAGGCCCGCCCUAACUGUGGCCCUUCAGAACCGGGGGUGCGGAAUUUGGGAUUCCCCCCUCUCCAUCAGAAAUACAGUGUCUACUGCAAUCGGUAA